GCUUUGUCUAUGGAAGAUAGCAAUACAGUUACGACCUGUCUGCGGCCUUGAGCGAAUGAAAACGGAGAUAAAAUACAAGUUUAAGACACUUGGGCUUUUUAAAUUAUGUGGACACAGAAUCCAGGGCAUCCAGGUUCAAGUUAAGGAUCGUGGACGACAAUUUAAAGACGCUUAAUAGCAAACAAAACAAACUUUUUCAAGCAUUUGAGACGUACGAAGAAAGAAACCAGUGAACCCCCCCUCCCCCCGGAUCGAGUCAUGUCUCGCCGCAGAAGCCGCAGCACGUCACCAGGACGUUAUUCACGCUCCUGCAGCAGUAAUGAUCCUAGAGAUUUGGAGAGAAGGAUUUUUGUUGGGAAUUUGCCGACCUCUGACAUGGAAAAGAAGGAUUUGGAAGACCUGUUCAACCCAUACGGGAAAAUAGUCGGCGUAUCCAUGUUUCGUGGGUUUGGAUUUGUACAAUUUGAACGCAUUGAGGAAGCCGAAGCUGCAAAGGCGGCCCAAAAGGGUCGAAUAUAUAAAGGUUAUAAAAUAGAUGUAAAUAUGGCAGUGGAGAGACGGCAAGCUAAACCUCAAUCCCAGCAGAGCCCUCCACGAAGGGCCCCGUAUAGCAGUUAUGGGGACAGCAAAGAACCCCGGGGUCGGUCCCGUUCACCCGUUUAUGGGCGUGAUGGGCGUGAUGGACGUGAGUCUCGGGACAGCCGUGAUGGGAGGGACUCGGGUAGAGAGGCGAGGCCGGGUGGCCACUCUCGUGACCACGAUUACCGGUACCGUAGCUCAGAGAGCAGAGACAAGGACCCCAGAAGUGACCCCAGAAGUGACCCUAGAAGUGACCCUAGAAGUGACCCCAGAAGUGACCCAAGGGAUCCUGCAUACAGCAGAGAUGAUUAUGACAGAUACUACCGCAGUGGCAGUGGUGCAGAAGACUAUUACCGAAGGAAGGAUGAACCCUACAGGGACCCUUACAGAGAUCCCUGGAAUGGACGCCGUGAGCCAGAGGCAGAUGAUCGUGCUCGACCAGAAGAGCGUCGGCGUAAUGAAUUGUAUCGACAGUACUAUGAAGAACUCCAACGGCGCUACGACACUGACCGUCCCGUUGACUGCUCUGUGAUAGUCGUCAAUAAGGCGCAAAAUAGGGAGUAUGCUGAGACGGUCGGGCGGAAGGUCCGUGACUUGGGCAUGGUGGUGGACCUGAUCUUCCUCAACACAGAAGUGUCACUAACCCAGGCUCUGGAGGAUGUAGGCCGAGCCCGCACUCCCUUUGCCAUCAUCAUUACCCAGCAGCACCAGGUCCACCGAUCCUGCACUGUCAACAUCUUGUUCGGCACACCACAAGAGCAUCGAAACAUGCCAAUGCAGGAUGCCAUGAUGCUAGUUGCCCACAACUAUGACGCUUACAAAGUUGAAAACCGUGAGAAAGAACGUGAGGAGAUCGCCAGAAAGGCUGCCAAGAUGGCAGACGACGUAUUACUCAGGGAGCCUGACAGAGAGAGCCACCCCAUUUCUGUGCUCACUGCCAUUACGCUGCUGUCUGAAAACAGAUUUGUGACCCCUGAGGAGUUGGACAGUCUCAUUGCAUACCUGAAGGACAAAAGAGCCCGGCUGGUACGAAGCGCUGCAGACCCUCUUUCAGCUGCAGUCCAUGUUGCAGCUCCUGCAGACGUUCCGCCCUCAGCUGCAGGACUGCCACCCUCAUCCCAUUCUACCCUCACAGCCACACAGUCCAGCCACCUCGGCCUGUCCGCUGGUUCUAGCGCCUCAGCUAACCCCAGCCAUCAGCAGGAGCUGCAGGCUAAAAUCCUCAGCCUGUUCAACAGCGGCUCCGGAGCCUCAGUAGGCGCUGGUGGCCUGCCCUCCGCCUCCUCCCAUUCGCAGGCCUACAGUUCCCUUGGCCCGCCCCCUUCCCAGAAUCCACCCCGCCCAGCCAUGCCUGGCCCUCUUCCAGCUGGAUCCCAGGGUUACGGCACCCCACCGGGCCGCAUGCCAGUUGCACCAGGUGGUCAGAGGCCCCCCACCUCUGCCUCAGGUAUCAAUUUUGACAACCCAAGUGUCCAGAAAGCUCUUGACACACUCAUUCAGAGCGGACCAUCUCUUAACCACCUGGUGAACACUGGGGCAUCCCAGCCACCCCCCCGACCAGCACCUGGCAUGGGCCAGGCCCCGUCUAUGUCCAUGUAUCCCCGACACUACUGACGGAGUGUAGAAUAUUAAUUACUUCUAAUGUGAGGUCCACCUUUCCCUCUGAUACUAGUAGACACAACACUGUGUUUACCAGCUGUGUAUAGGUAAACCGUAGAGAUGUUUUUGUAAAAGCUUUUAAUUUUUUUUUUUUUUUUAUUAAAUCUUUUUAUUCUAGGCGUUGUCCUCAGUCAAAUUUGAUGACUUGUUCAGACUACUUAAUGGUCUACAUUUUCAAUCGUUAUUAACCAGAAGACAAUUGGAGUCUUCUUGCGUGUGAGUUCAACAAUGAAGAAAUGGUGCAUGUCUGAAGUACAUUUUGGUUCUUGAUGGACACCUUAGUUGUUUUCCAGCCGUGAUCUGUUCUGUGUUUUCAUUGUCAAAAUGAAGACAUUAUUAAAAACUCAAGACACAA